AUGGGAUAUGAUAUUGGGUGGAUUAUCCCGCGGUUGCGGAACCCUGGCAGACUGUGGAACUGCGCCAGUUCUAUCACAGUAGCAGUGGUUGGAUUGUUUAGCAAAAUCAUUAUAGAGUUCCUGAACAAGACGACGGUCUACAACCGCGAGGCGCUGGCGCGUGCGGUGCAUCGACCACAUGGCGUGCCACUGCUCACCGUCUCCAACCACCACUCCUGCUUCGAUGACCCUGGCCUCUGGGGCGUGUUGGAGGCGCGCACGCUGGCGAGCGGCGCGCGCAUGCGCUGGGCGCUGGCUGCGCACGACAUCUGUUUCACGAACGCGCUGCACGCGUGCUUUUUCGCGCUCGGCAAGUGCGUGCCCGUCGUGCGCGGGGCCGGCGUCUACCAGCCUGCAAUGGAUUUCUGCGUGGAACGACUUGCCCUGGGCGAGUGGGUGCACAUCUUCCCUGAAGGUCGGGUCAAUGUUGAGAAAGAUCAUAUCAGGUUCAAGUGGGGCGUGGGGCGGCUGGUGGCGGAGAGCUGGGCGCGGGGCAGCGCGCCGCUGGUGGUGCCCGUGUGGCAUGAGGGGUUUGACCGCGUGCUGCCCAACGUGGAGCCCUACCGGCUGCGGCUGCGCAAGCGCCUCUACCUGUGCGUGGGCGAGCCCAUCCCGCUGCUGCCGCUGCUGCACAGGUUAAAGAGUGCGAACGCGUCAGAGGAAGAGACGCGGCGCGCCAUCACAGAGCGCAUCCAGGACGAGUUGUACCGCCUGCGGGAGUGCGCGCGCACGCUGCUCAAGCGCGCAGGGGACCCCAUGGCCACCGACACGACGCCCCCCGCGCCCCCUGCCGCCCGCCACGCGCCCGCCGCGCCCUGCGCCAACGGCAUCGACCACCGCCACGAGAAAGACAAAGACGUCUAG